UCAACGGAGCGCCUGCUUGCAAACCGGAACCCGGUCCAUGGUCGGAAUAAUUUGGAGGCGGGACACUUCCGGGAGCUGUCGGCUGGGAAAAGUGGAACUGCAAUCCAUCUCUGCGAUGAGUUUCGAGUGGCCCUGGCAGUAUAACUUCCCUCCGUUUUUUACAUUACAGCCUAAUGUUGACACCAGACAGAAGCAGCUGGCGGCGUGGUGCUCGCUGGCGCUGGCUUACUGCCGACACCACAAACUCUACACCCUGGACGUCAUGGAAUCUCAGGAGAGCCCCGUGUUCAAUAACAAGAAGAUAGAACGAAAACUAUCAACGGAAGCGAUCCAAGUUGUCUUUGAGGAACUCAGAAAAAAAGGCAACCUGGACUGGCUGGAUAAAAACAAGUCUCGGUGUUUAGUGAUGUGGAGACGGCCAGAGGAGUGGGGGAAGCUGAUCUACCAAUGGGUCUCCAAAGUCGGCAUGAUCAACUCCGUGUUUACACUUUACGAGCUGUCCAACGGGGAUGACACUGAGGGCGAAGAAUUCCACGGUCUUGAGGAGUGGAUACUGCUGCGUUCCUUGCAGGCCCUUCAGACGGACGGCAAGGCGGAGCUCAUCACCAUGGACGACAGCAAGGGUGUCAAGUUCUUCUGAGAGAACCCCCCCCCCCUCCCGCCAUCACAAACUCGGCCCUUUAUCGCUUUGUUUUAAGACGCUACGACGGUUGAGCCAUCUUAGGGUUAUGCAAGAUCCACCAAAAAUACCCCCCCAACAAAUGGAUGCUGGUUUAAAAAUGAUUUGCAUCAGGAAGUUGCCGUUUCUGGGCCGCAGAAGGGCAACCAAAAUGAGGGCUCCAUCUCUGUGAAGAAGAAGAGGUGCUACAGCAAAUGUGUUGCACUUGUGAGGGUGUUGCACCUUUCUGUUCAAGGUAACCAUCAGCCGAGCCCGCUGGGUCCCAGUUUAAAUGCAACCAGACUCAUCAGGGGAGUCUGUGCUGUUCUGUGUACCCGUUACUGGGAUUACUUCUUACCUACACCGCUGUAACUUUCCUCUGUCUUUGUAAAUAUGAUUGUAGUUGUAGUUUUCAGGGUUUGCUUUCCAAUACGUGGGUAUUAUAAAUAUAUGCAUUAAACAGGGCGGUUAUUUCUCUGCUCUACCACGACGACACAUGGCCAAACCACGAGGGACCUUUACCUUUUGGGUGUUCAAACGUGUUGCUCCCAGAUGAGGAGUAACAUGGAUAUGAGGGGGUGGGUGGAAGGCUGGCUCUGUUUUUCUGUACUGAUCACUGUGGUUACAACACAGAACCAACUCUUAAACCACCUGCUUCUUGGCCAAACAAAAUUUGUUUUGUUAUGGGGAAAUAAAGAAAUUUCAAAUUGUUUGUUCUGUGGGAUGGACUGAAGAAAAUGUAUUUUGAGUUGGAUUAAUGCUGGUUAUGGUUGAUUUACUUUUUCUUUUUAAGAUCAUGCAUGCAUGAAUUGGGUUGACACAUGUCAUGUGGUUGUGGCACAUAGGCCAACAAGAUGACAAGAUUUUUAAAAGUGAAAUCUAUUUACUAAUUUUGACAGCGCCCUUCUGUUUGGCAACGCAUGCAGAAGCUUAGGUAGUCAGAUAGGUUUCUAAUGAAAUUCUAUCAUGUGCCUUUUUCCCAGAACACAUUUUCGUGCCGAAUUCAAAAUUCUGAUAUUAUGAAUGACCCAGUUUAUCUGAGCAGCGUUGGAGCCGUGCCAGCCCUAAUCAUGUGGCAGGGCCCUGAGGCGCAGAUUGAGCUCCGGGGAGCCCCGUGUGCUCGCUGAUAAAGUCCCCUGAGUGCGUUUGUGUGACCGGUGGGGGCCGACCGCUGAUGUUGCGCCAUCUACAGGACGCAUGUUGUACUACGCGGUCUUGUUCUAGAAAUCACGCUACAAAACUGGUCCAUAUUACCUAGUUAACAAACAAGAGCUAAAGAUAAUACUUUGCAAUUGAACGCCUUAAAAAAAAGCUAUAUCAACAUACGUGUGUCAAAAAAGAUA